AUGAUUCAAACAAAGAAACUGAAACGCUUGUUUGCAGCAAAGAUAUUGAUAAUUGUCAAUUUACUUUCAUGGCUUGAUUAUUUGGCCUCUGCGACCUUGGAGUUCACAUACUGGCUGUUUGGUUUUUUUCGGUUCACUGAAGCGAUACAGAGUUUAUGCAACGCUACUUUCGGAUACACCUUGAUAUUUCCUGUUGAUGAUUCGUGCCAUACUUAUUAUUAA